AUGCAGCUUACUUUGAAGGUCGCCUUGGCCUUUGGUGCCUUCUGCACCCAUUGCGCUGCUCAAACCUUCCAGAGACUCGGGACGUGUCCUACUCUGGGCUGUAUCAUACCACCUGACCAGGCCGACUUCCUCCCGGGACAACGAUUCGACAUCAGGGCUGAAGUACAUGCUCCACUAAACGGCAGUGAAGCCAUUCGUGGCUAUACCACCCCUGAUGCUAACUUCACUUUGACCAUCGAACGGGAAGGCGGCUCGCCGCAGCCAGUCACGUCCUUUUUCAGUCUCCCUGAACCGAGACUGGAGACCUGGAACUUCACCUGGUAUGAAGACUUGUUUGCUCAAGCCGCCCAUACGCCAUCACAAGUUAGGGUUGCCUCCAAGGCAUGGCGAAAUGUUGCCCUCUACGAGCCUGGCCAGUAUAUCGCCACGCUUCGAUACCGCAACGGCUCCCAGACAACUCUUGCCAAUUGGACCGUUAGGGAUAUCGCUCCUCGGCAAAGAGCCAAGAAUGUCAUCAUGUUCAUUGGCGAUGGAAUGACCACGAACAUGAUAACUGCGGCUCGCCUGAUUGGCCACCAGCAAAUCAAUGGCAAAUACCAAACUAAGUUGGCCAUGGAUCAAUUCCCCAUGCUCGGCCACCAGAUGACACACUCGAUUGACAGCUUCAUCACUGACAGUGCCAACUCGGCGACCGCUCUGUAUUCGGGCCACAAGUCGACAGUCAACGCGUUGGGCGUCUACGCCGACAGCUCUCCGAACAAGUUUGACGACCCCAAGAUUGAGUCUAUUGCAGAACUCUUCCACCGUCUUCGGGGUGGUGGCGUUGGCAUCGUGUCCACAGCCUUCAUCGCGGAUGCCACUCCCGCCGCUUUGACAGCCCAUACGCGCGACCGAGGCCAGUAUGGUGCCGUUGUCGACUCCUUCAUCCACGGCAUCACGAAUUACACAUGGACCAACUGGAGCGGACCCGACGUGCUCUUUGGUGGCGGUGCCGAGCAGUUCUACCCCGGCUCGGGCUCCUUCCAAGGCAAGGACUACUACGAAGUGUUCGCCCAGCAGAACUAUACCGUCGUGCUCAACAACACUGCCAUGCAAGCCUCCGAUAACUCCAGCCGCCACCUGGGUAUCUUCUCGGUCAACAACAUGGCCAAGUGGUUGGACCGCAAUGUUUAUCCCGCCAACCUCAACCGUUCCAAGACCGCCCCCGACGGGUCCAACGCCUCGGCCAUCGACCAGCCCGGUCUGAAGGAGAUGACGAUCAAGGCCCUCGACAUCCUGCAGACCCGCCACUCCGAGGACGGCUUCUUCCUCAUGUCCGAGGCCGCCAGCAUUGACAAGAUGAUGCACGUCCUGGACUACGACCGCGCCCUGGGCGAGCUGCUCGAACUCGACGACACUAUCAAAGCCACGAUCGCCUGGCUGACCGAAAAUGGCGAGCUGAACAACACGCUCCUCCUCGUGACGGCUGACCACGGUCACGGUUUCGACGUCAUGGGCAGCGUGGACACCCAGUUCCUCAACGCCCAGGACAACGCCCGCGACAAGCGCAACGCCGUCGGCACGUACCAGAACUCGGGUCACUCCCAAUACGUCGUUGCGAACACCUCCGCGCGCGUCGGCAGCGACCAGAACCUGGUCUACGGACCUGGUGUCAACUUCCCCACCAACUGGGACCCCCGAUACACCCUGUACAGCGGGUUGGCCGCGUUCCCGGAUUUCCGAGAAGAUUACCGCGUCAACAAGAACGGCCCACGAGUCCCCGCCAUCAACAUCACCGGCUUUGACGACGAUGACUUUUAUGUCAACUACGUCGAUGCCGUGACCGGAUUCAUUGUCAACGGCACACUCCCUGUGAAUGCCGACCAAGGUGUCCAUUCCCUGACUGAUGUGCCGGUCUUCACACGCGGACCCUGCACGGAGUUGUUCUCCGGCGUGUUCAACAGCAUUGACAUCUUUUACGGCAUGGCUGAAUGCUUGGGCUUGAGUCGCACCAGCCCUUCGUAA